AUGUUUUUGGGUUGCAGCGACGAUACCUCUGUUGCCAUUGUUGAAAAACAUGGCCCCCAAACCGAAGGCACCUCGUGCCGCCGAACAUCCAGGCCAAAUGCAACGCUUCACUUCCUCCAAAAUAUCACCGCUGAUAGCCGGGAAUAUCGCGGCAUUCAUCCAGUUGUAUCACUAGAAUCGCAUCAGGCUAACUUGGCAGACCUUGUGGAUAGAGCAUUCUCCCAUUUACCAUCCCCUACUGGGUCUAUUUUGGAGAAAGCUGGAGAGUCCAACCCCUAUGUUUCCCGGACUAUCCAACUGUCAUCUACGAGCGACGGGAUAGGGCCUGGCUUUACCAAGCUUAAGCCGGAUUUCAUAUCUGUUACCCGUGGACCUGGGAUGCGCUCUAAUCUAUCCGUAGGUUUAGAGUUAGCGAAAGGACUCUCUGUCGCCUGGCAAGUCCCCAUUGUUGGUGUGCAUCAUAUGCAGGCUCACCUGCUCACGCCGAGACUAGCGAAUGCUCUUGAUAUAACACCUGGGUCCGAGAAUGGUAACAUAUGUACUCUAAAGCCGGAGUUCCCGUUCAUAUCAGCCCUUGUAUCCGGUGGACAUAGCUUUCUCGCGUAUUCCAAGUCACUCACAAACCAUGAAACACUAGCCUCGACUGUCGAUGUGGCAAUAGGAGAUGUCCUGGAUAAAUUUGCCCGUAUGGCAUUACCGUCAUCCUACAUCAACCAAAGCAAGACAACAAUGUAUGGCAAGCAAUUGGAAGCGUACGCAUUUCCAAACGGUCGUGCCGAUUAUAUUGACUACAAGCCUCCAGCAACGAAGGGGCAAGAGGCAAGGCCUAUAACAAACGCCCAGUAUGGCUGGUCUCUAACCCUACCAUACGCCGGCUUGAAAACAAUGGCUUUUACAUUCGCUGGAUUAUUCUCCGCCGCCCAAAGAGAGGUUGAGACCAUGGCGAAUGGGAAAUCUGUACAACGAAAGAAGUCAAAAGAAGAAAUGAACAACCUCAACCUUGAUUUUCUCCCGGAGGAAGGCCGGAUUGCGUUUUGCAGGGAUUUUAUGCGUGUUUGUUUCGAACACCUUGCUUCUCGCAUUGUCCUAGCUUUAGAAAAUGUAUCAUCUGGUGCUACCAAUAGCAUUGACAUGGAAAAGUUGGGACCAGGGCCUCCUGUCAAAACUGUUGUUGUUAGCGGUGGUGUUGCCGCGAACCAGUAUCUGCGACAUAUCCUGCGCUCCUUUUUGGAUAUACGAGGGUUCUCUGACGUCAAUAUUAUCGCACCUCCCUUAUAUCUCUGCACUGAUAAUGCAGCAAUGAUUGGUUGGGCUGGCAUUGAGAUGUUUGAGGCAGGCUGGAGGACGUCCAGGAAGUCACAAGCUAUUCGAAAAUGGAACCUAGACCCUGCAGCUACAGAUGGCGGUAUACUUGGCCCCGAGGGUUGGGAACAGGUUACGAGAUAA